AAAAGAAGGAGCGGGGAGUAACGAAGAAGCGCGUCCCACUCCAACCCGUCUCGUGCAGUGCCUCCUCUCCGGCCGCGGUCUCCUCCCCCUCCGCCUCUCUCUCUUCUCCCACGCCACCGCCACCAGUCCACCACCACCCACACUGCACGGCACCGCACCAACCAAAGCCCCCCAUUAGCUAUCCCUUCCUCCCGCAGAAGCUUCCUCCCCCGCUCCCUCGGACAAUCGGACGAAGCGUGUCGUCGGCUCGUCGCUCUCUCCAUGGCGUCGUCGGUGAUGCACCGGUCGAGCUCGGACGGCGGGUCGAGCAGCGGGUGGUCGGACGCCGCAGCGGCGGUAGCGGUGGCGGCGGAGGAGAGGGCCGGGUGGGAGGUCCGCCCGAGCGGGAUGGUCGUGCAGGCGCGGGAGGAGGGGGCAGCAGGCGGGGCGCCUCCGAGGCCGCCGCCGCCGGAGAUCAGGGUGCGGGUCAAGUACGGCGGCGCGCGGCACGAGGUCGCCGUAUCCCCCAUUGCCACGUUCGGGCAGCUGAAGAAGCUGCUGGCGGCGAGGACGGGGCUGCAGCCGGCGGACCAGCAGCUGACGUACAGAGGCAGAGCGCGGAGCAACUCGGAGUACCUGGACGCCUGCGGCGUGAAGAACAAGUCGAAGCUCGUGCUGGACGAAGACCCGGCGAGCCUGGAGCGACGGUACAUCGAGCGGCAGAAGAACGCCAAGAUCGAGAGCGCCAACCGCGCCAUCGGCGCCAUCGCGCUGGAGGUCGACAAGCUCGCCGAUCAGGUAACCAGCAUCGAGAAAUCGAUCUCAAGGGGGAACAAAGUGGCCGAGGUGCAAAUCACGACGCUGAUCGAGCUGUUGAUGCGGCACGCGGUGAAGCUGGAGAGCAUACCUGCCGUGGGGGGCUCCUCUUCGCAGAAGAACAUUCAGGCGAAGCGGGUGCAGAAAUGCGUGGAGACGCUGGACGUGCUCAAGGUCUCCAACGCGCGGCUGCAGGCGGUCGUCGUCACGACGAAAUGGGAGACGUUCGACGCGCCGGCCACGACGCAGUGGGAGCUCUUCGACUGAAUCGGUCAAGCGGAUACGUAUACGUGCAUGGUGUUUGUUCUUUCUGUGCUCUCAGUUUUUUUGGUGCCCAUUCGUUGUAAUCAUGGUGAGCCGGUAGGGUAGAUUGUUAGAAGAACUAAACCCCACCACUAUUGGUUGUUUGUAAUCACAGCACACCAUACCUCUCACUGGAGUCGAUCGAUCGGUCUAAUAAAGGAAAGCAGCACUGUUCUUCCGUGUA